UUGAAAAAUUAAAAAAAAUUAAAAAACAUAGAUAAAAGUUGAUAAAAUGGAGUCAAAAAUAGAACGAUUAGAUUCUUCUUGUGAAAAGGAAUCGAUUGAUACCAAUAUUGUCCAGGAAAAACAGGCUGGGUCUAAAAGACUACAUAGUGAAACGGAGGACAAAGAUUCUUUAAAUUAUAAGAAAAGUCCUGUUUUAUUGAAAAAACAGUGUGUUUCUAUGAAAAAAUUGAAGCAACCAUUUCGGUCACCUUUAAAAGUUAAUAGUACUAUUACCAGUGAGCCAUUGGAGGUAAAGAAUAAUUGUAAUAUUCCAAGAACUCUUGAAAGUUCGAAAAUUGUUGAAGGAAGCGAAAAUAUAGAGCCAAUUGCUGCACCACAUGAUAGCGAAGGUUCUACGCUAAUAUCAAAGGUGUCUGUUAAAAAAACAGCCUUUAGAUCACCUUUAGUAUCUAGUAAGAAUAUAGGAGAUCCUGAUACAAUUGCUUUAUAUAAAAAAAAGAUGGAACUUGAACGAAAAAUAUGGGAGGUUGAUGAACAAAUAAAAACGAUAGAAACAGCUAAAAUGUAUGAAAAUAAGGAUGAUUGUAAAUUGGGGCGAUUGGUUGAUAAAUGGCGUGUAGCAGCUCAACAGGCAGCUACACAGCUUUUUGCUGUUGUUUCAGAAAAGAUUGAAUCAGUAGGAGGGAUAAGUGCAUGGUAUAGACAAUUUGAAGAGUCAAGGAGUAUAUUAUUAGAGUGGGAUCAACCUCCAAAACCUGAGAUAGAAGAUACAGAUUAUGAUAGAGAAGAUUCGCAAAAUAAUGAAGAAGCAUCACAGCCUGAAGUAUUUACGAUGGCUAUAAUGCUCCAGAAGCUGAAUAUACCUCCUGAAUUAAUUGGAUGGGAUGCAGAAUCCGAAACCUGGCUAUAAUAUUAAAUAAAAGUUAUAUUUUUGAAAAGCAAAUGGUUUCAAA